UCUAAAGAUCGGAACAGGGGUUCGGUGAUUUGUUCUGACUAACAGCUCAUUUAGUAAAAUGUUGCGAAUGCUCUGUUUCCCUGUGUUCAUUGCGUCAGUACUAUCAGGACAGAGACCAUGUGAAACAAUUUUUAACGCAACAUUCAACGAUGAUUUGACUGAUGCACAGAAGACAGCUGUGACAAUCAUGCCACACGGGUCCUUCCAGAUCAAGACACCUGAAGGGUGUAUUGGCGGCGGGGCGGCAGAGGUUCAUGGAGGUGUGGCAAAACUAUGGGUGUUCAACAACAAUGAUCUCAGCGACACUUUCCAAAUUCGUUUCCGUUUCCAGAGUAGCAUUAAACAGAACGACGUCUCUUUCACCUCGCUUGUGAACAACGGUUGUCUAAUGGGAAAGCCAUCCAUUGUGAUAGAAUACCGAGCUAUUUCCCGUUCUUUCCGACUCAUGAUUAGAGAUGACUUCAAAAGUGAAAUACUUAACUGCCAACAUAAAACCGUGUCUCCCUGGGGGUUUCAAGAUGUAUCCUUGGAAUACCAGAACGGCAGGGUGGUACUCAGAGCUGACAGGGAAGUAUGUGCUGAGGCCGAGGGUUUUAUAGGGAGACCAGCGUUAACACCAUGUCCUCUAUCUGUGGGCGGAAUUUCUCGCAAUUCCAGUGAAAAUUUCUGGGGAUACCUAGAUGAGCUUCUGAUUCGACGUUGGUGCGUUCAUGCAUAAUACCUUUGCGUGAAGGAAACCAAGAAAUAAACCAGAGAUAUGUAUCGGAUCUAAGAACUGUUGAUUGUUGAUUGUAAUUAGCAUAACAACGCAUGAUACAAUAAAGUUAGUCUGCCAUUACCUUAUAGAAUCUGACUAGUUCUGUAUUGAGGAAAUACGUCAAUUGCAUAUGUUAUCCAUGUCGUGUACGAUCAGCAUAGCCUAUGAUAGCUUUGUGGUGAUGUGUAGAGGAUAGAGGAUAUUAUACUCGUCUUGAUUGUUCUUUGAAUGGGCGACAAGCACAAGAGCCUUUGUUACAUUUUUUUGUGUAGGCGUUGCAUACAGGUCUAAAAUUUAAGAGCUGAUGUCUAUUCAAUUGGAUUAAAUUGUGUUUGAAAAUAUGUGGUUGUGUUAAAUAUAAGAACAAACACAUUGAAAGAAAACAAGACAAUUUUAAAAUUCAUUAUGAGUAUAUUAUUAAUUUAGAUGACAUAAGUGUUUUAAAAACAACAUUGCUAACCAAUUCCUGGCUCCUCACAGUCAUUAGAACGAACGCCUUGUAUGAAAACAAAUUUAACUGUUUCUUAGAGGGUUGGAUAUGCAGAAAUUUCUCCAACAUCCAGACGUAUAAUCAUCAAGUGACUAGUGAAUGUAAAUAGAGACAUUCUUUCCAGACGCAUAUAUGCUCGUUCGGCACGUUUUUUGACAUUAGGGGUUAUCAGAUGAAGGCUGUGGAGCAGCGGAGAGGGUAAUCACAUCGGAAAACUUAGUUUAGACAAUAUCGUCUCAGGCUGAACUACAAAUUGAGAACGGAAAAUAAACAGAAAUUAUUAUUAUGCAAUGCAAAAUUAACUUCAGCAUUAAAAUGAUGUUAUUGUUUACACAUUUAAACAAUACUUGUUGCAACUUUUAUCAGAUAAUAUUUAAAUGAAAACGUAGUCAAACUACAAAGAAAAAGUGUUAAUAUAAAGCCGUCUGAAAUUUUACUGGAAAAUAUGUUUGCCAGCCGUAUGAUAGCUAA